AGCAGCAUUCAUCCACUCACUUCUUUUCCUUUGCCACUGAAUGUGCUGAAAGAAGAACUCAGCCAAGCCUCAGCCAAUCAGCUCCUGGAGAGACAAGAGGACGACCUCGCCAGCUCAGACACAAGACAUGGCUCUGUGGGGUGACACCAAGCUCUUCUUCUGCAUCCUCUUCAUCAGCUUCUGCUGCUGCACACUGACGCUGGCAGAGGUACCUGUGGAUUGCUGCUUGUCCGUCGUUGAAGACAGACAAGUCCAUAAAUCUACUGUGGCAGACUUCCGCAAACAGAUCAGUGGACAUGGCUGCUCUAUUGAUGCCACAAUUUUGGUGACCAGGCGCGGCCGUGAGCUCUGUGUGCCGCCCAAUGAGACCUGGGUGCAAGAAGUGGAGGAUCAUGUGAUAAACCUGAAGAAAUACUGCAAGAAACACAAUUACAAGAGGAAUCGCUGCUUUGGAGUGAGGCAUGAGUAAAACGGAGUGACCCGGACAUCUUCAGCCACAGUAACAACAAAGAGACAGAGUGAAAGCUUGCAGUGUGAUGAGGAAAUGAUGGAUUAAAUAAAUAUUGAAAUAUAGAUAUAUAUAGAUAUAGAUAAUCAAAGAGGCUUUUCCUUUUUCCUAGAGGAUGUUUUCUCUGUUUUAUUUUUCAAAAAUUAUGGUGGAGUUGCAAUAAAAGCAAGGAAGAUCUGAGGGACUGUUUCAGUCUUGUGUUUUAGAAGAAAAGGCAUGGAAGUUAUUGAUUUAAAAAUGUGAACACUUUAUGUCUCUCUAACUAAAGGGUUGACUCUGGCAGCUUUUCUGGCAGCUCCUCUGUUGUGUGAACUUUUGGAUUCUUGAUCUUCUUGUUUUUAAUUAAAAAAUCAGCUGACUGUAA